GGAACCUCUUCACAGUGACAUUUUUCUUUUCGUGCGCUGUUCUACACCAACAACCAUAAUCACCGAAGCACACAGUCGCUUCGAACAGCAUCUCAUCCAAUCACAUUCACUCGACUGCCAACGCCAUUCACCCAAUUGAUACCCACGGUCCCGUCAUCGACAAGGAACCUCCUUUCACGGCCCCUCCAGCCAGCUAGCUAGAACAAUUGGGCCUGACAGCGCUCUCGCCCAAACGCUGCCUGAGAAACCUAAAGAAUCACCAUCGAAUGCCGAGAGUGAGCAUAUUACGUCUACCGGCGCUCUUUAGCCGCCGCGUACGACGCAACAGAAUGACGACGCUAGCUGUCCUCGCCGUCGUCGCCAUCGUCCUCAUUAUCCCGCUCUACUCGCUCUACUGCAUAUACAAGCCGCCGCACUUCCUCAUAGGCUAUAUGCGCGCCAAAUACCCCGAUGUACUCUUUGAAGAACCGAGCGUCAAGCAACGGAUGAUGGCGCUGUCCUUUGAUGACGCGCCCUCGUCGUACACCCGCGAUAUUGCCAAGGUGCUGCUCGAGCACGAGGUGCAUGCGACCUUUUUCGUUAUUGGCAGCCAGGUAGACAGCAACGGUGCCGAAGGACCCAAGAUCCUACGGGAGUUGGUUGCGGCCGGCCACGAGCUCGGCAACCACGCGAUGCACGACGAGCCGAGCCACAAGCUCAGCAACGAAGAGCUCGAGAAACAAGUCAACGAGGUCAAGCAGAAGCUUGUUGCUGCAUAUACAGCCGAGAACAAGAUCUUGCCGAAUAACUACUUCAGACCUGGCUCGGGUUUCUUCAACCACCGCAUGCGAGACCUACUGGGCAACAGGGGCUUCCGCAUCACCCUCGGCAGCGUCUACCCACACGAUCCGCAGCUGCCGUACCCAGAUGUCAACGCGAAGCAUAUACAGAGCAUGGCCCAUCCUGGUGCUAUUAUUAUCUGCCACGAUAGACGGAAGUGGACGGUGCCGAUGCUGCAGAAGCUGAUUCCUGCGCUCAAAGCCGAUGGCUACAAGCUCGUAACGAUUACGGACCUGGUAAAGGCCGUUGAACCGAUAGAUGGCCGCCGACCAGUAGCUUCGUUGAAGGACGCAUCUGGGUGAUUGUGCACCUUGGAGGUUGCGAAAACAAAAAAGACAUCUUUUCGGCGUGUUUGGCGAGAUUUGAUUUCACUCGUGGCGGCUGGCGUAGGACCAGGCACGCUUGGGCUGUGAUACUCUCAGCGCAAGGUGAUGACCAAUAUGCCUGCGAGCUUGUACGACCGAGGCUUACUGUUUCUCUGGGCGGCCCAGACUCGGUUCUUUUUAUCGAGCUUUGUAUAUAAUUGUAUUGGCGGAACGACCUUCCCAGCAAUUCUCUUCGCCUUUGUCUUUUUCCCCUGUAUUUCUAGUUUUCUUCUGUUUCAGUAUCAGUCCUACAAAAUUUAAUGUACCAUUUUUAUCUAUAACAUUAAUUAACUACUUGAGCGACCCCGGCCCUUUUUUUCUUGUAAUUUUUCUUGCCAAGUUUUGUCAUCGUAAGGUCAUCGAACUGUGCGGGGGACAUCUGGCGAUCUUUCGCUGCCACCCCCACCGCAUCACGAGCCGCACAUAGCUGUUACGUACAGUCAUCAGCGUGCCACCCUAGAGACCAAUAUGAGGCAAGACGACGAAUAGUAAUUAUAAAAUUGUAUUUAAAAUAAGCAACCGGUCGUCGGACCUAGAAACUCGGUUGGUAGAAAACAAAAUGUAUUGUCUGUGUAGAGAUCGCGUGAACAUAUCAACGUGUUACCUAAUGCUACAGAACCAUAUUCGAUGGC